AUGGCUUCUCCGGCAAAGCUUGUCUUCCUGUCAGUGAUGGUUGCGGCGUCGUUCGCCUUCUCCGGCGCCGUCUCCGAACCACAGAAGCACUCCCCUCCGGUGUUGUCUCCUGCUCCAUCCGUCCGCAAGCCGUCCCACCCUCCCGUGAAUGCUCCGUCUCCGGCCCACGAUCUUCCACCUCCAUCGCAGUCACCUUCUUCGUCUCCGCCGCCGUCGAUCUCCAAGGCGCCUUCGCCAUCUCCUUCGGGAACCGCUGCUGCUGCUGCUCCUCCUCCUCCAUCGAUCUCCAUCACCGUCGCGCUCGCAAUCGUCGGAGUUGUUUCCUACGUCUGCUACUAA